AUGUGGAUUCGGGAGCAUCUUUACUUCAAUGGUUUCAGUAAAAAUUAUUUGAAUUGGAUUUGGCAUGGUGAGGCUGCGGAGAAUGAUAGAUUAAAUUCGAGUGUCAACCAACAGGCAACUGAUAAUUGUCAUGAUGAUUUUGAAACUGUUAAUUUGUGUGAGGCAGCGUAUGAUAACCAUACAGAAAAUCCAGAAGCAUUUAUGAAGUUUUUGGAGGAAGCAGAGAAGCCACUGUAUAAGGGAUACAAACGUUACACAAAGUUGAGUGCACUUGUAAAACUAUACAAUACCAAAGCAAGGCAUGGGAUGAGUGAUGCUCUAUUUUCAGAUCUACUAGCAGAUUUUGGGGACAUGCUGCCAGAUAACCACAAUCUGCCAUCGUCAAUUUAUGAAGCAAAGAAGACGUUGAGUUGUUUGGCUUUGAGUCAUGAAAAUAUUCAUGCUUGUUCCAAUGAUUGCAUCUUUUAUAGGAAACAAUAUAAAGACUGCGUAAGCUGCCCGAAAUGUGGCUUAUCAAGAUGGAAGCUAACCAAGAAAAAUGUUGAGAAGAAAGGUGUUCCUACCAAAGUGGUUUGGUAUUUCCCUCCCAUACCAAGAUUUAAGCGCAUGUUUAAAUCUUUAGAAACUUCCAGAAAUUUAACAUGGCAUGCAGAUAGCACAAGAGUUGUUGGUCAGUUACGCCAUCCAGUUGAUUCACCGUCAUGGAAAUUGGUGGAUCAUAUGUGGCCCGACUUUGGAAGUGAGGCAAGAAAUAUUCGCUUGGCACUUGCAGCCGAUGGAAUUAAUCCUCACAGCAAUCUUAGUAGUCGCUACAGGUCGAAACAGCCUGGAAACGAUAUCGACGUCUACCUUGAGGUUCUAGUUGAUGAUUUGCAGCUGUUGUGGGAAGGAGUUGAUGGAGUUUAUGAUGCUUAUCGAAGGGAGGUUUUCACUCUUAAAGCAGUUCUUUUAUGGACCAUCAACGACUUUCCUGCAUAUGGUAACCUUAGUGGAUGUACUACACAUGGUUAUUACGCAUGCCCAAUAUGUGGUGAGGAUACUUAUGCAAAGCACUUACAAAAUGGGAAGAAAAUGUCAUUUGCUGGGCAUAGACGAUUCCUACCACGAUUUCAUCCAUAUCGGAGGCAAAUAAAGGAGUUUAAUGGCAUGGAGGAACUUGGUGAAGCAGGUAGGCCAUUAUCUGGAAUUAAGUUGUUUGACAAGCUUUCAGACAUAACAUGUGAGUUUGGAAAGAAAACAAGUGGAAAAACCAAGGACAAUGUGGCAGCUAGGUUGGACAUGGUUCAGAUGGGAAUUAGGCCUCAAUUGGCUCCUAAAAUUGGUGAGAAAAGAACAUAUCUACCUCCUGCAGCAUGCUCAUUCACAAAAAAUGAGAGAUUACAAGUAUGUAGGUCAUUAAUGGAUAUAAAAGUUUCGGAAGGUUUCUCAUCAAACAUGAAGAAUCUUGUCUGCAUUGAUGAGAUGAAGCUGAGUAGCUUGAAAUCACAUGAUUCUCAUGUUAUAAUGCAGCACUUCCUGCCAAUAGUCAUACGUAAUUCUCUGCCAAAAUAUGUUAGAUAUAUUGUCAUAAGAUUAUGCUUCUUCUUCAAAGAUAUUUGUUGCAAGAUUAUCGAUGUAGCCAAGUUAGAUAAGCUGCAAUCUGACUUGAUCGUUACACUCUGCUUAUUGGAGCAGUAUUUCCCCCCUUCUUUCUUCGAUAUCAUGCUCCACUUAACAGUUCAUCUUGUUCGUGAAGUCCAAUUAUGUGGACCAGUCUACUUCAGAUGGAUGUACCCAUUUGAAAGAUGCAUGAAGGUGUUGAAAAGUUACGUAGGCAGUCGAAAAUAUCCGGAAGGUUGCAUUGUUCGGAGAUAUGCAGCAGAAGAAGCAGUUGAAUUUUGUUCAGAAUAUCUCAAUGACCUUGAUCCUGUUGGGGUCCCUAAAUCACUACGUGACCCAAAUGCAAGCAUUCCUGGAUUCUCAGCAAGCAAUUCAUCAAUCAUCAUCCAACAAAUUGAUCUCCAACAAGCACACUUGACUGUUCUAGAAAAUACAGAAGAAAUAUCUCCAUACAUUAUUGAACACAAAUCCUUCUUAAAGACAAUGUUUCCCAAAAAACAGAAAGAUGCAAGGUGGAUACAAGAUGCUCAUAAUAAGAGGUUCAUUGAUUGGUUUCGUGCAAAGGUGGCUGCUGAAAUCGAUAGUUGCAAUGGUGGAAUGACAUCGUCAUUGAGAUGGCUAGCCCAUGGACCAUGUGUGCGAGUCUUAAAGUGUGAUAGCUAUGUCAUAAAUGACAAUUUAUACCAAACAAAAGAGCGGGAUGAUGAGAAAGUUUGUCAAAACAGUGGUGUUUCUCUACUUGCCAACACGAUGCUUGUAUCAAAUGACAAAGGAAUACAAUACAAUGAUGAAUGUGGCUUCACCUUAGUUAAUCUGAACAAACGAGGCCACCAGAAGGAUGAAUUUGUGCUUGCAAGUCAAGUUAGACAAGUAUUUUAUGUUGCUGACCCGCUGAACAAAGGGUGGUCAAUAGUGCUUCAAGUUCCAAAUAGAUGUUACAAGGGAGAAGAGGAUCUUUGGACCAGAAUUCCCGAAGCUCGACCAAUUGAUAAUGUUGAUAUUCAUUGGAAAAGAAAAAUGCGUCCUAAAAAACAGCGAAAAAUAGCAAAAUAUGAUGAGCCACGUGUAGUUGAGGACACCGAACUACACCAAGAUGCUGAUGGGUUAGCAGCUGCAGAGCUAUGA